GAUUAUUAUCAAACUCCAGAAUUUAUAAAAAUAAAUUUUUGAAAAUAAAAAUGGGCAGGAAUAUUAACGGUAAAGAUAAAAAUAUAUUAUUAAGUAAAUCUUGUAUAAAAGAAAAAAUUUUAAAUGUAAAUGAUUAUGAAUGGGCUAUUGGUUAUCAUCGUAAAGUUUUAAAACUAUCUGGACUAUGGUUAUCUUCAGAAUCCUGUAAAUGGUACAUAAAAUUAUUAACCGACUUGCAAUCAAUAUUUAUAGCAAUUUGUGUAAUAACUUUUCAUUCAACACCUCAAUUAAUGGCAUUGAUUAAAAUUUGGGGUAAUUUAACAUUAAUUGUCGAUAAUUUUUUAUCAUUAGUACCUCUUAUUAUUACUCAAAUAAAGUUAAUGGUUUUGUGGACCAACAGAAAAGCGGUUGCUAAAAUUUUUGAUGCUAUUAAAAGUGAUUGGCUUGAGCUGAAAACAAACUUUGAAAGACAAAUAAUGAUUAAAUAUGCUAGGAUUUCUAAAAUAAUGCUGAUAUGCGGCUUAAUAAAUAUUGCAUAUAGUAUAACAAUAUUUCAUGCUUGUGUUAUAUUUGGAUUUUUAUUUCGUACAGUAAAUAAUGUUACAGAUAUAGAGGAAUGUUUAAUUGCAACACAAUCGGCUUUGCCAUUUGAUGUAACUAUAGGCUGUCGCUGUUGGAUUAUUAGAAUAUUAUAUGUUGUUCUAUGUCUUUUAACGGGAAUAGUUUAUACUGGAAUUGAUAUGUUUUUUGGAAUGUCUGUAUUACAUUAUUGCGGACAGUUGGAAAUUCUUGCCGAAAAAAUAAAGUUCAUAGUUAACUCUGGUAAAUCAUUAACAUUUGAAAAACUGUUGAAAACUGCUAUUUUGAGGCAUUAUCGCCUAAUCAGCUUAAUUGAAGAAAUAAGAAAUAUAUUCAGUGCGGUCCUUUUAUUACUAGUUCUUUGUUUCGUAAUACUUUUUAGUGUCAUAGGAUUUUUGAUUGUAAACUCUUUUGGGAGUAAUGGAACUAAAGUGCCGGUUAUACAAAUGAAUUUUUACGUGGGCUAUAUUUCUUUUUAUGUUGGUAUCAUGUUUCUUUAUUCAUGGGUUGGAGAAAAUUUAGUAACGAAAAGUGAAGGAAUAUAUUUAGCGGUAUAUAGUUGUAAUUGGACGGAUCUUGAACCACAUCAAAUAGCCCAAUUGAUAAUUGUACUUGUACGUGCCCAACGACCACUAGAAAUGACUAUUGGAAAAUUUGCUCCUGUAUCUCUCAACACCUUUACUCAACUGCUAAAAACUUCAAUGGGGUAUAUUUCCGUUCUUCUUGCAAAAAAUGAUUAAAGCAAAAAAUGAUAACUAUCAAUUAGUCAUAGUACAGAAAUGAUGUAUGGAAAAAUUUACAAAAAAGAGAAUAAAAUAAAUAUUUUAAC